CGCAGCGCUGCCGGCUGGGAGCGAGAAUUGCUUUUUUUUUUUUUGUUUGACAGACGGCACGGGCAGGGACCUGCGUGUGCUGUGUGUUUCUCGCUGCCGUCUGCCUUGUGUUGUUUCUUUCGGUGCGUUUUGAUUUGGUUCAUCGUCGAUAAGGUUUUCUUGUGCCCGGCUCUUCGCUGAACUUGUUUCGAACGCUGUUUAUUUGUCUGCCGACUGAGUGUUGUAGGUUCUGGUGAUCGGCGCUGUAAACAACAGUCGCGUCAAGCCAACCGCCGGCCGGCGACUCGCACAGCGGACGAUAUUGUCGGACGCUGAAAGGACGAAGGUUAUUCUCUCGCCGGCAGUAUUGUGUCGAUAAGGGCCGUAGCUCAAGCUGUGAACCGUGUUGCGGUGCAAAUGUCGGCGAUCCCUCCGCAGCGGAUCCGGCUAUCGCCCAGCUCCGUGGCUGCCGCCGCCGCGUCGAGCAAGCCGGUUCGCCCUACGCUGCCGCUGGCAUUGAUGCGACAGGGCAGCCCGACACAGAGGAACGUUGCCAGGAGGGCGUCUCCCUCGCCUCCAGUGUGCUGGGCGCAUGACAGUGUCCGAAUGAAAAGCAGACAGUCGCCCGAUCAGAGGAUAUCGCCGGAGAAUAAAGCUUCGUCGGCAGCGCAGGGACCCAAAGGUGUGUGCCUGUCCACUGCCGAGUGCAAAGCCAAGCCGCUGAGCCUGCUCGGAGGGCUCAUGCGGCGCACAGCCUCUCUGGACGCCAUCUACUUGUCAGCUCAGUGGCCGCGAGAUCUGCACAGCUACUGCGGCCGCCCAAUGGUUGACAGGUCCACACAGACUCCUGAUGACUGGAAAGAAUUGGAGAGGAUAAAAUUUGUUCAGAAAAAAGCUGCUUUGCCACAGGGUGACUCUCUAGAAAUGAAGUACAUUCGUCAGCGGCUACAGCGGACGGCUCAGGGUGGGAGGACAUCGCCUCGCUGGAGCCCCGUCCAAGGGGACCACCAGCUGGGGCUGGCAGCCUUGUCCCCCCCACUAUCCCCCUCGGUGGCGCCCCCGCCUCCUCCUUCAGGUCCCAUCCCCAUCCAGGCUAGGCCAGGGCGGACACCUCCGGGAGCUCCCCGCAUGCGCAACAGUGUGGAGGGACUGAACCAGGAAAUCGAGCGCCUCGUUUUGAAAGGCAUCUCUGGAUCGGGCACAGAAAAUGAAGCUGAAUUGGAAAGGGUGAUGGGCCCUACACCAGAAGGUCACCGAGCACCCAUAGCAGAGCUCUUUCACUACACCUGCAGUGUGGACACCCAGACACCCAGCGGCAGUGAUGGCAGCAAUGGUUUCGUUGACGGUCCUUCUCGCCAUAGCUCUUCUCGUCCUGACAGCCUAGAAUGUGAUAAAAGUGCCUCCCCAGACUUGGAAGUAAGUGGUCACACGAGCAAGCUGGGAACCAGUCCACAAAUCAACAAGUUCCUUACUAGGGAGCCCCCCGAUGGUUGUGAGAAGGUCAAGAUCAUUGACGAAGGAAGGAAGCCUGCGACCAGCCCUAUGAUGGGUGAUGGUACUGAAAGUGUGCUCAAGCCGAGCAGCCAGUUUGUGCUGCGGCCCAGUCAGAGCUCGGCCUUCUGCCCGCUCGUGCGGAACCCCUUCCAGGGGGUGCACAGGCCGGGGCCCAUCGUUGACCCUUUCCUGCUCAAUGAGAGGCUCCAGUGAAGUAGGCAACCCCCCCCCUCCUCCCCCCGUCUUUUCUCUGACCAGCCCCCAGGAGGUAGCAAGGUGCCAUGGAGAAAAGAGGAAAGGGCAUUUCAAGGAAGAGUCCUCCUUGCAUGAGAAUGCCUCUCUUACCUCUCCCACUCGUCGUCACCCACGUGCCAUUGCUGUGGUGGCUAGCAAAGUCUGCACUCUUGGCUGCAGCUCUUCGCUUUGCCUGUGAUGCGAGCGAAAACGCUGCUGUGCCACCAUCCUCUAGAUUUGCAGUUUGACUUUUUGUUCAUGCUCCCCUUGGAGAAAAACAAGCCUGCUUUAUAGCCUCGACCAUACCUUUUUAUUUUUUAAGGCAAAGCAGCCAUUGUGUUGCCACAGGGAGCACCAUCUUGUGUGCAAUGAAGGUUUCAAAUGAAGGCUCACUGGCAGCUGGCACAGGGACUUUGUGAAUGCAGGAUGCGUUAUGUAUGUAAUUUGUGUUUGUGGCAAGAUGUAAAUGACAUACAGAUAUGCCUGAAAUAGUU